AUAUGGUUGAAGACGACGUUGGGUCUCUUAAAAGGAUUACACUGGUUACAAAAAAUGUUUUUCCUGCCUCCUCAUUCUUUAAAUAAAUGUAAGAGGUAAAUUUGUGUGUAUCUUAAUUAGCGUAUUUAAUAAAUACCGCAGGAAAUUAUUAAAAUUAUGAAAUAAAUAAAGAACGCAGCUGCUUGGCUGUUUCUCCAAGUUCCUGAAUGUCUUGAACACACCACAAAGAUCCCCGACCAAUCAUCUUUCGCGCUCUUCGACGUGGGAACGUUUUGAAUCUCAAACGUUCAGUUUCCUUAUUUGCAGUGUUGAACACUGUAUAAUAAAUAUAUGUGAUUUUAUUUGCAUCAUGGACGCAAAUAUACUGGAAGAACUAAAAAGCAAUGGCCUUAUCUACAAAAAGGCUUUGGACCGGAUUAUAGACAAGUAUUCUAAGCUUCAAUGUGAAGACGCCAUAGAAGUGGCCCUCAAUGACACCAAUGUGGAAGCCCUGGGGCGCUUCAUGAAGCUAUCAAAAAAGAAGAUUAAGAGUUUGGAAUCAAAGAGCCUGUCAAAUUCGGUGGAGAACCUUUUAGAGACACAAGAGGCUUCCGGAACCUCUCGGCUGGAGCUCAUGCAGCAAGACAGUGGUGAUGAGACUCAAAUAUCAGGUCAGCUGGGUGCAGAUGACGAUGAAAGUGUGUUCUCCCAGGUAGCGGUGAGCUUGCUGGACGACAGCCAGAGAAACCUCUCAGAGAUGGACACCCUGCCUGAGGACCAGGACGAGCAGCUGGAGAUGAGCCUGAGGAGUGGUGGCAGCACGUUGUCCGACCUCUACCCGGCCAUGAUAGAUAAAAUCGGGCGGGCCCAACAGCGGCAGCACGUCUCAGAGGUGGCAGAUGUGGUGCUGAGGAGGUACCGCAAGUGGCGACGGAUGCCCAAUAAGAGCGGUCUCAACAACACCCUCAACGUGACAGUAAGGCAUGCCGCCAAAAUCCACAGACGGACCACAACGAAGGAGAACACUCAUAAAAGCAUUGACGUAAGAGAAAGAACCAAUCACACCAGCUGGCAGCGUUCACCAAUGAGGGAGCAGAGAGAGAAGCCCAUACUGGUGAUGGAUCUUUCUAGUAUUCAAUCUCCCAAACCGCAAAGCAACUUGAAUGAGACCUUCACAGUGGGAGAGCAGCCGGGCUUGUUCAGCUUCAGUCCUUCACAUUCUUCUGACAUGACCCUGAGGGCCAAAAGGCUCUUGCUGUCUGGCAGCUUUCCUCCUGUAAGCAGCGACAUGUAUAGCUCCCCGCCGAGGCAAAGUCCUUUAAAGACGAAGUUGAUGAACCUCAGCAAGUCACCUCAGACCUUCUCCAGAAGCCCAAAGUCCUCCUGUAUGCUGGACAGCCCCAGAACACCUGAAAAGUUUGUCUUGCUGUCCUCGCCGCUACGAAAACCCCUUGUUCUCCAGAGGAUGCUCCACCCUGACUCCUGCCUGCGCUCCCCACAGCCGUCUUCCCCUCAGCCGUCUACCCCUAAGCGUUGGCGUCAACUGUCCUUCGACUCCUGCCUGCCAUCAGGCCAGGUCCCUUACUCUCAAAAGGACCUGGACGAAGACUUUGCCAGACACUACCACAAGUUUGUGUGUCAGAGCAAAUCUUUCAACGGGCCCUCCUGCCGGAUAUGCACCAGGAGCUCCGAGGCCAUCCAGCAACACUCCUCCUCAACCCUUGUGGCGCUGGCGCUAUCCCCGCAACGAUUGGUGCUGAGGAAGCGCCAUAGGGAUCUAGUGUGGGAGAGUCAAUCCAUGGCAAAGCGACAGCACCCCUACUCUCCGGGGUCCAAACGGUACAGCAAUGAGAUGCUAAGGCGCCGCCUCUGCACAACUGAUGCAAAGGCUUCGAAUUGGAGCAUGUUGAACACUUCCAGCGGCUGGGCGGAAACUUCCAGACUUGGAAGUCCAUGGAAGACAGAUAUGGGUACAAACUACUUUGAGAGAAAAUGGUGACAAGAUGUUGACCUCCUGCCUGGUAUCUCGUCAGUGACAACAGAUUUGACAGCCUAAAUGUCAUUCACAAGGUUCAGUCUGCAUUUUAUAUAAAAAUUGUACAUUUAUAAACGUCUUUGAACUUGUUUUUUAUGUAGUAGUAGUAGUCAAUGUGUUAGCAAAGUGUGACUUGUGCUUUACUAAUGAGUUAAUUUAAAUAAAACUGCAUGCGAGUUACCCACCAAA